AUGGUGGUUUUGGUGUGGGUGUCCUCAACAGCAGGAGUGAUUUCUAUCAAAAAGCAGCAGCAAGAUGUGUUAGGCUUCUUGGAAGCCAACAAGAUCGAAUUUGAGGAGAAGGACAUUGCUGCCAACGAGGAGAACAGGAAGUGGAUGCGGGAGAACGUGCCUGAGGACAGCCGACCCGCCAGCGGCAACCCCCUGCCCCCGCGGCUCUUCAACGACAGCCGCUACCUCGGGGACUACGAAGAUUUCUUCGAGGCACGAGAGAACAAUGCUGUGUAUGCGUUUUUAGGCUUGACUGCACCACCUGGCUCGAAGGAAGCUGAAGCCCUGGCGAAGCAGCAAGCGUGAACUUCCACUGCCUUAAAUGUUCUGUAAAGGGAAUUUCCACAGCUUUUUUUUUCCUAAAAAUAGUCCAACUGUCUCUGCUUCAAGAAAUGUAGAUGUGAUUUCUAACGUUUGAUUGGUGCUUGCAGCAUUCACUGUAUGUAACACAAA